UAAACCUACCGUAAACCAAUCGGAGUAGAGUAAAGUAUGCGUCUAUACUAAGCGUGGAAAUUAUGGACGGGUGCCGGUAGAUAGCGAUAGGUUCUGUUAGUGACAAAAUACGAGGCAUGGAUGCUCUUUCCUACUGUCUGGUUUCAGAUUUUCGUUGAAUAAACAAAUAAAUAUUACAUGGAAAUAGUUUGUUUUAUGUUACAACCCCUUUUAAACGGUGCAAUAUGAAUUCAUCAUUUUUUCAAAAUGAUAAGGAAGCGUUCACCUUUAUGAGACAAUGUGGAUGCUGUUUAAGGUGUUGUUUACGUUUUACUGGUUAUCGAAAUUUGCAGUGCUACGAAGACCCGAUUUCGACCGUGAAAAAUUUGAAAUAUAUUGAUGAACAUGAAAAGGUUGUAGAUGAAAACAUUUGCAUUAUUUGCCUAGGGUUCUUACACGAUAGCAUUCAGGAUGAAGCUUUAACAAAGAUUUCUGAAGCUGUUGGAGAAGGUGAUUACGACAGUGAUACAUUUUCAUGUUCGCUUACGAUACCAACCGUGUUGCCAGUGCGAGAACGGUUAAUGAACAUUUCUCUAGUUCAAAAACAUCCAUUGUUACAUGGUACUCAAGAGAAUUUUAUAUAUAGAAUACAAAACAUUAAGGAUAUUUGGAAAUUUUUAAUUACACCUAAAGUUGAAACUGUUCUGCAGAAAAAGGUUGAAGUUACCGCAGCUACAUCCUCUUUGGUGAUUGAUAUUUUUAUCACAUAUGCAGAUGAUGACAAGGAAUGUAAAGCUUUGUUGUAUUCAAAGGAACAAGCAAUGAAAACUAAUACUAAACGGAAAAGGAAGCAUAAUGCUACUAUUUGCAGUAAGAAGAACAUUGAAACUAUGCUAAAUAGCAUCACAGAUAACCAACUUUUGGAAUACUGUAAAAGUCCUCCAUCACAACCAGUUUCAAUCGUAGUUGUUGAUAAAGUUACAUGUCUCCAUCGAAGUAUCUAUAUAGGGGGUCGUUACAAUAAAUUUAGUCGAGAACUGAGCCAGACUCCAUGGUUCAUAGACGGACAUAAAAAGAUGGAAACAUCGGUACAAGAAUUGUUGUGUCAACCGAUUAUGAAAUACACUAAAGCUGAUUCAAUGAAAUUUUUAUCAUCUGGUCGAGAAGAUGUAGAUGUGAGAACUAUUUACUAUGGAAGGCCAUUCGCUGUAGAACUAGUAAAUCCCAAAGUUACCAAAAUAACGGAUGAAACUUUACUAAGGUUAAACAGCAUCAUUAAUGACUCAUCAAAACAAAUAAAGAGUGUAACAGAUUUGAAGUUAUUAUCAAAAACUGAUUUAAAUAAGCUAAAACUAGGAGAAGUGACAAAGUCAAAGACAUAUCGGGCACUAUGUUUGUGUCGGAAUGGACUAAACGAUUUCACUUCCUUAGAAAAAUUAAACCAUACAGAAAAUUUAAAAAUUGUCCAAAAAACACCCACUAGGGUAUUACAUAGACGUCCUUUAACUCCACGAAUUCGCAUCAUUCAUAAAAUGCGAGCAAACUGGAUUGAACCCGAAAAGCUUCAAAAUGUACCUGAUUCCCUAAUUACAAAACUGAAAACAUAUAAUCAAUAUUUUUUCAUACUUGAUAUUAAAACUCAAGCAGGGACAUAUGUAAAAGAAUUUGUACAUGGAGAUUUUGGAAGAACAAAACCAAACCUGUGUAAUUUACUUAAUGCAGAUGUGGAUAUCGUUACAUUAGACGUUACGAGCAUCAACUUAGAUUGGCCCUAGGUUGCCUGUUUUCUAAGUAAAGGUAAAAUAAGUAUAACA